CGCCCGCCGGUCAGUGCCCCCGCCCGGCAGCCCCGCGCCCGCCGCCCGACCCGGCCGGAGCGAUGUGCCCGGCGCUGCUGCUGCGGCUCCUGCUGUGGGGGCCGCUGCUGUGGGGGCGGCUCCGGCCGGUGCGCGGCCUCCGGCACAGCGUCUACUGGAACUCGAGCAACCCCAGGUUCCUGCAGGAAGACUAUGCUGUCCAGGUCUCCAUCAACGACUACCUGGACAUCUACUGCCCGCACUACGAGCCCCCAGUGCCUGCGGGCCGGGCCGAGACCUUCAGCCUGCACAUGGUGGACACCGAGGGCUACCGGGGUUGCUACGAGUCACCCGGUGCCUUCAAGCGCUGGGAGUGCAACCGGCCCCACGCACCCUUCGGGCCCGUCCGCUUCUCCGAGAAGAUCCAGCGCUUCACGCCCUUCUCGCUGGGCUUCGAGUUCCAGCCGGGGGAGACCUACUACUACAUCUCUGUCCCCAGCCCAGAGAGCGCCGGGCGGUGCCUGAGGCUACGAGUGGCCGUCUGCUGCAAGGCAACGACAACAAAGCCUGUGACAGAAGUUCCCAAAUCUCAGCCUCGUGGGAGAGGGGGGUCGGAGGACACCGAGUCACCAGGUCACAGCACCGCGCUGGCCACGCUCCGGCCCCACGGCCCCUGCCUCAGCCUCGCCCUCAUCCCCCUCCCCCUCCUGUGGCUCUGACUCCCCCCCCCACUCUCUUGGGGGGGGUCUCCUUGCUGCAAAGUUGGGGAUUUUGGGACUUUGUCUCCCCCAAACGCUCCAAGCAGCCGACCCCACGGUGUGGGUUGUGGGGCGGGCGCCUUCGCCCCAGCUCGCUCCACCUGCCGGUCCCCAGAGCGCCCAGACCCAGGAUGUGCCGGUCCCAGAGCCGCCCCGUGCUGGCAUUCAGCUGCAGGAGGAGAGGCUGGCUGGACGGGCCCUUCUCCGUCGUCCCCGCUGCUGCCAGCCAGACGCCCGCCUCCAUCCUGGCCUCAUUGGCACCUCCUGGUGGUCAGGGCUCUGUGCACCCGGGAAAUGGGCCUUUGCUUAUGGACGACUCCCAGAGACUCCAGCAGGAGGGACCCUGCCGGGGCGGGGUGGCUCCUCCCCGCCUGGCACAUUCCCAAAGGCCCCGUGGGGAGCCGGAGGAUCCCGUUGGUUCUGGCCCUGCAGGGUACCCAGGUGCUGGCCCCCCUUCCACUGGCAGGGCUGGACUCUCUCCCCCGGAGCCCCGGCACAGCUCGGCCCCUGGUGCUGGGCUCCCUCUCGGUAACGCUCCUCGCUCUGGCGAGGCUGAUCUGUCUUCCGUGAAGACGCCCCUCUGGGCCAUGUACAGUUCGUAUUUUUGUAUCUGUGUUAGCGACUGAGCCAACCAAUAAAGCGUUUGCAAGACGC